UUUCUCAUCAUUCAAACUCAGUUUUCAUGACUAAUAUCUCGAUCUCUACUUUUUCCUUAACUCUAUCUUAUUUUUGUUUGGUUUCAAAUCUGGGUGAGCUUAACUCAAAAUUUUGACAAAGCAAUGGAGCCCAUGUACUGUGCAGAUCAAAACGGUAACACGUCUCUCUCCUCCAUCUCUUUCAAUUUUUUUUUCACCUCCUCUUUCAUGUAGCCUGAAACAUUGAAACCUUUCUCCUCCCAUUUUCGGCCGCAACCACUUCCAACAACCCACAAACCCACCAAUUGCAAUUCUCAAAAACCCAACCUAGUAUAUAUAUAUAUAUAUAUAUAUCAAUAAAUAAUAUUACUUGUCAAUGAUAGAUAGAAAAAUCUUCUAUUCUCAUUUCUCACAAAUCCCUUAUGCAUAAAUGGAUUGAAUCCUCGUACUAGUUUUGAAACAAAAUGCAAAAUUGAUCUAUAAAAUACCCUUCCAUACACAAAACUUAAAGCACACUGGUCACCUGCGCAGAGUGACCACCGACAUUUCUUUAGUUGUUUCGCUUUAUUCGGCUCUCUCAGUUUCAAGUUCCACGGUGGCUGAUUCCAGCGGAGAUGAGCAAUUGGAAACCAUGGUGGAGGAAGAUGAAAAUGAAUUAGCGUACUCUAGCAGAACUCAUGGGAGGACUGAUGAGCUGGGAGCCAUGGAAGAUGAUCCAUGGCUAAUGGUGCAGAAGAAAGGGAACCAAUUUGUUGUUAAUGACCAACCUUUCUAUGUAAAUGGAUUUAACACUUACUGGUUGAUGGUAUUUGCGGCGGAUCAAUCCACAAGAGGAAAGGUCUCAGACCUGUUCAAGCAAGCAUCUUCAGCGGGUCUAACAGUUUGCAGGACUUGGGCAUUUAAUGAUGGACAAUGGCGAGCUCUUCAGAAAUCUCCAUCAGUUUACGACGAAGAAGUUUUCAAGGCCUUGGAUUUUGUGGUGAGUGAAGCAAAGAAAUACAAGAUCAGGCUCAUAAUGUCACUAACUAACAACUGGGAUGCAUACGGUGGCAAAGCACAAUAUGUAAAAUGGGGAAAAGCUGCUGGCCUGAAUUUAACUUCGGACGAUGACUUCUUUUCUGAUCCAACACUCAGGGGCUACUACAAGGCGCAUGUUAAGACAGUACUUAAUAGAGUCAAUACACUCACAAGUAUAACUUACAAGGAUGACCCCACAAUUUUUGCUUGGGAAUUGAUGAAUGAGCCUCGAUGCACCUCAGAUCCCUCUGGUAACAAACUUCAGGAAUGGAUAGGAGAAAUGGCGGUCUAUGUGAAAAGCAUUGAUCCAAAACACUUGGUGGAGAUUGGAUUGGAAGGAUUUUAUGGUCCUUCAACACCUAACAGAGUUCAGUUCAACCCAAAUACAUAUGCUCAAGAAGUCGGAACUGACUUUGUCAGGAACCAUCAGGUUCUUGGUGUUGAUUUCGCUUCUGUUCACAUUUAUGCAGACUCAUGGGUGUCACAAACAAUAACUGAUGCCCAUCUGCAAUUCACAAAGUCAUGGAUGGAAGCCCACAUAGAAGAUGCUGAGAAAUAUCUCGGGAUGCCUGUUGUGUUUGCUGAAUUUGGUGUAUCUACAAAGGACCCUGGCUACAAUGUGUCAUUUCGGAACACCCUUCUCAGCACAGUGUAUCAGACCAUCUUGAACUCUACAAAGAAUGGAGGGAGUGGGGCUGGGAGUCUUUUGUGGCAGCUUUUCCCUGAAGGGACAGACUACAUGGAUGAUGGGUAUGCAAUUGUCCUAUCAAAAUAUCCUUCAACAUCAAAUAUCAUAUCCGUUCAGUCUGUAAGACUUUCGAAGUUCAACUCACUGUGUUCUUGGAAAUGCCGUUGGGGUUGCAAGAAGAAGCAUGCAUUGGAGACAUCCGUCUACCAUGAUGAUCUGUAAAUUUAAACAUGAAAAAGAUAAGGCCCAAAUAUGGUGGGAAAAGAAAACAGAUUGAUUACAGUGAUAUCAAUCAGUAUGUAAACGCAAUGACAUGAAUAUGGACUUGAAUUUUGAAAACAUUGUACAAAUAGGGAGAAAAAAUAUAUAAGAAUAAGAAUUGCUUGCGUCA